AUGACCAGCCUCAACACGGUUCGCAGUGUGGCUAUCAUUGGAGCGGGACCAUGUGGACUCGCGGCCGCAAAAUACCUUCUCGCAGAAAAAUGCUUUGAUAAGAUCGAUAUCUUCGAGCAGAGGAGCAGAGUCGGCGGCGUUUGGAUUCAUAAUCCCGCAGCAGAAAAGGCGAAAAUCGCGAUCCCGGUGCCCCAGCUGAAUCCUCAUCCACCGCCUGAGGAGCCCAUAUGGCGCUCGACAAGCGAGGGACGCCGCGAAGCGACAUUCGUCUCCCCGCUUUACACCCAGAUGGAAACCAAUAUUCCCAAGAUGAUCAUGGAAUAUUCCGAAAAGCCCUUUCCUGCUGAUAUUCAACUCUUCCCCAAGUUCGAAGAGGUUCUGGAGUAUCUUGAAGAUUAUGCGAAAGACGUUAAACAUCUCAUUCGUUUUGAGAACCAGGUGCAGGAAGUCAAAAUUGAGGAUCCAUCCAGGAGUACCUGGGCCCUAACGAGAAAAGAUCUGCGCAGUGGACAAAUAAGUACAGAUAUUUACGAUGCCGUGGUUGCUGCGAAUGGCCACUACAGUGUCCCUUAUAUACCGGCUAUCAAGGGGAUCGAAGCUUGGAACGAGGCAUAUCCUGGCGUCAUUUCUCACUCUAAAGUAUAUGACUCACCUGAUGCUUUUCGAGACAAGAAGGUUGUCAUUGUCGGAAAUUCCGCGUCAGCCAUUGAUAUCGGAAACCAGAUAUCGCAAGUGUGCCAGCAACCUCUCCACGCCGCUCAACGGUCAGAGGCUAGUGUUGUACUUCCAAAUGUCCCAUCUGACAGAGUCGCACACGGUGAAAUCGUGGAAUUCCUCUCCCCCGCUACUUCUGACCGCGGUGUCAGAUUUGCAGAUGGCAGCAUAGAGGACAAGAUCGAUGCCAUAUUAUUCUGUACAGGUUAUUUUUACGCAUAUCCAUUUUUGUCCUCGCUGGAGCCACCGGUCGUCCGCGAUGGUUCUCGGGUGCUCAACAUCUAUCAGCAAAUGUUCUACAUUGAGCAUCCUACCCUGGUGUUUCCCGUCUUACCCCAGAGGGUUACCCCCUUCCCUCUAGCUGAGAAUCAAGCCGCCGUGUUUGCUCGCGUCUGGGCUGGACGGCUCGAUCUGCCCUCGAAAGCGGAGAUGAAGGCCUGGGAGGAUUCUGUCGUUGCCCAAAAGGGACCAGGAAAGUCAUUCCACCUGUUGCCGUACCCCCUAGAUGCGGAAUAUCUCAAUUUCUUGUACGAUUGGGCAGAAACUGCUCGGCCACGGCCCGGGUUAGAUAACGAUGGGAGGGGCAAGAGAGGAGUGAGAUGGGGUUGGAAAGAGAAAUGGAUACGGGCUCAUUUCCCCGAGAUUAAGAAAGCGUUCUCGAGCAAGGGCGACGAGCGUCAUUCCAUCCGUACUAUUGAGCAGCUUGGGUUUGAUCCUGACGGUUGGAGGAAAGAACUGGAAGGGCAAGCGCCAUUAGUGAAUCUUUGA